AUCUUUUAGACGUACAGGCUUUUGAAAUCUCGCCUAAAGUCACCGCAGUGACCGCGACCUCAUCCUCUUUCUUCCUCAAAAAUCCAACCCAAACUCGCUUCAUCUCUUCCCCCUCAACUACCCAUCGCCAUGGCGUCCCUCUCAAUCUCAGCUCCCUUCAAGGCUUCAACCGCCCCCUCUUCAACCUCAAGGAAGCCCCCAAAUCCCGCAACCUUCUCCUUCAAACCCUGCCCUCUCAAGAUCAGCGCCUUCGCUUCUCCAUCUUCUCCCUCGAAGCUUGUCUCCCACGCCAAUAGCUCAGGUCUAGGGCUACAUUCAGGACUGGGCCUGGGGUUUUCUCCAUUCUCGUCGUCUCCUCAGACGCCGGCGACGGCGAUGAGGGGAGCGGAGGGGGACGUCAUGGGCCUGCUGUUCAGAGAGAGGAUCGUGUUUUUAGGGAACCAGAUUGACGAUUUCGUUGCCGAUGCGAUUAUAAGCCAGCUUCUUCUUUUAGAUGCUCAGGAUCACACUAAGGACAUCAGGCUCUUUAUCAAUUCUCCCGGGGGCUCUCUUAGCGCUUCAAUGGCCAUCUACGACGUAGUCCAGCUAAUUCGAGCAGAUGUCUCAACUGUCGGUAUGGGCAUCACAGCAUCAACAUCUUCAAUCAUACUUGGUGGAGGUACGAAAGGCAAGAGAUUUGCAAUGCCCAACACGAGGAUUAUGCUCCAUCAACCUCUCGGAGGUGCCAGUGGUCAAGCAAUUGAUGUGGAGAUCCAAGCCAAGGAAAUACUCCAUAACAAAAAUAACGUUAUCAGAAUUGUUGCGGGUUUUACUGGCCGAUCAUUAGGACAGGUAGAGAAAGAUAUCGACAGAGACCGAUAUAUGUCACCUAUUGAAGCUGUGGAAUAUGGUAUUAUUGAUGGUGUGAUUGAUAGAGAUGCAAUAAUUCCUCUGAUGCCGGUGCCCGAGAGAGUGAAGCCUAAACUGAACGAUGAAGAGAUUAGUAAAGAUCCUAAAAAAUUCCUGACUCCAGAAAUUCCAGAUGAUGAAAUAUACUAAGUUUUUUUUUGUGUUUCAUCAUUUUUCUGUUACACACUGUGUAUUUGUAGAAUGUUAAAUUCUCCUCGUUAGAUGAGAUUAUCUGGGUCAGGCAAGUACAUAUUCCUCAACCUUAUAUUUGGUACUCUGUUUUGAGUACGUUGGUAAUUUAGUUGCGGGUCCAUCAAGGAUAGAAAUAUCUCAAGCAUUUGUUGUU